GCUGCCGGGCUCCUUCGGGGACUGGCAGCAGCAGCAGCCGCCGCCGCCCGUGGCCGUGCCGCCGGUGCGCAGCUACCAGAAGCAGUUCGCACACCGCGAGCCGCCGCCGACGGCCGCCGCCGCCGCCCCGCCGCCGCCGAGCCGCAAGCGCGACGGGCAGGAGCCGCCCGGCGGCCACGGGGAGUGGGGCGAGCCCCUGCCCUCGUCGCCGGUGCCCAUGGACAUGGAGCUGUCGUCGCCGCCGCAGUCCCCGCAGCCCGCCGCCGCCCAGCCCUACCUGCCCCCCGGGCAGCCCUACCUGCCGCCUCCCCAGGCGGAGCCCUACCUGCCCCCCGGGCAGCCGCCCCCCGGGCAGUCCCCGCCGCUCCAGCCCUACCUGCCCCGGCCGCAGGCCUCGCAGCCGCCCCCCUCCUUCUCCGAGCCGCCCCCCUCCUACCUGGAGCCGCCGCCGCCGUCCAGCGCCGCCCAGCCCUACCUGCCCCCCGGGCCGGCGUACCUGGCGCCCCCCCAGCCCUACCUGCUCCCCUCGCAGGCGUCCCCUUCCCAGGCGGCGCAGCCCGGCCUGGCGCCCUCCCUGCCCGCACCCAAGGCGGCCCAGCAGCACUUCACCCCCCCGCCGGCGGCCCUGGCCCUGCCCGAGGGUCCCCAGGGGGGCGGCCAGGAGAGCGGGGCCCCCCCCGAGCAGCACGGCGCCCCGCAGCCCGACCCGGCCACCAUGACCCCCCAGGAACAGCAGCAAUACUGGUACCAGCAACACCUGCUUAGCCUGCAGCAAAGGGCAAAAGCCCAUGCUCAGGGACAGCAGCAAAUGAAAGGUCCGGGAGUAGGGAAGGAUACAUCUGAACAGAGAGCAAAGUCUGAAGAAGGGAAAAUGAGUGCUUCAACACAGCAGUCUGAACCUCCUCCGCUGAAUGAAUCCCUGCCUCCAGCUUCCAAAGAAGACGAGUCUUCUCUUACCUCCACUGAAACUCAGCUCAAUAUUGAUCCUCCUGAUGACCCGGAGGAAGAUUUGAGAUUGCAACAGUUGCAAGCAGCAGCAGCUCAAUGGCAGCAGCAUCCCCAUCACCGAGUUGGAUUUCAGUACCAGAGGAUAAUGCAGAAGCAUGCCCAGCUGCAGCAGAUAGUACAGCAGUAUCAACAGAUCAUGCAACAGCCUCCACAUUUACAGACAAUGUCAGUGGAGAUGCAGCUGCGACAUUAUGAGACACAGCAAAAACAGUUCCAGCAGCUUCAUAAAGACUGGGAGCGGUCAAUGAACCAACAGUGGCAGCAUCAGCUUCAAACCUACCCUCACAAAGAUCAGCUGCAAGAGUAUGAGAAACAGUGGAAAGCAUGGGAUGAACAGAUGAAGGUCACUCAGUCCCAUCUGCAGGAGAAAGUGAGCUCACUCCAAAAUUUGAAGAACCAGUACCCUGCAAAUGUUUCACUUCCGCCUCCAUUUGUUCCAUAUUCUCAAACGGCUCCAGGUGGCAUUCCUGUUAUGCCUCCAACUUUACCUUCAGCUACACCUCCACUGGUCCCUCCACCUCUGUCUUCUGUAUCUCAGUUAUCUAACUCCUCUGUCCCUUCAGGAUCUAGUUCGCAAAGCAAUCAGUCUACUGAAACACCAAGGCCAGCUCUGCUUCCUACCCCUGGUACCUAUGCAUCAAAAAUAGGUAGCUCACCUGUAUAUCCAACUUACCAUUCUCAAGUAAGUUCAUCCUUCAGCUCUUCAGACCACGGAAAGUCUCAAGUUCACCAUAAUAAACAAAAUGUCUCUAUUUCAUCUGAGCAAGGAUGUGGGGAACUGAAAGCCCCUUCUGCACUGUCUUCAACACAUACCCCUACCAUGCAGGAUAAACCAGUGAGAUCAGGUGGAUUGCUUCCAGAUCCUCCCAGAUCAGCACGUUUUGAAGGCCCCAGAGGUCCUAGAUUUGAUGGACCUCGAGGAAGAGGAUACGACAAAUUUGAAGGCUCGAGACCAAGAGGGCCCCGUUUUGACUCCCAGCGCUCAGAAGGACACAGGUCGCGUUUUGACCGACAGAACACUGAUGGACAGCACACGAGUCGAUGGGGAACUAUCCCACGUGGACCAGCAGCACAAUUUUAUACUUCUCAAAAUACAUCACAUGCACAUGGUUCCCGACCAAGUGGUCCACGGUGGAGGGGGCCCAGGCCUCCUUUAGGACAGCAGCAGUCACAAACAGACUCACGAUCAGAAAACAAAGAGCCUUUUACAGACAUGGGUGGCAAUCAGCAGGCUGGAAGUAGAACGCAGUCUACUGACGUGACAAGUACAGGCUCCGUUGAGCCGAGUGAGGACCUCACCAGCACUCAACAGGAACCAUCCAAAAGUGAAGUCAAAGAAACUAUUUCAGAUCCUCCUAAGAAGUGGACGUGGAGUUCACACGAUCCCAACCAGCAAGUAGAAGACUCCAAAGUAACUACUCCACCUAUCCAGAACCAGACUUCGACGUCCCUUUCUAGUAACUCUGGAGCUUUGCAGUCAGGUGUUGCAAGGCCGGGAGGUGCGGUGACCCCUGUAACAGGAAGCCAGGAUUUGAGUUCCUCAGAGAGCCAGCUGCUUGGUUCGGACAGUACACAGGGCCUGCCUGGGCCAGAAGGCAGAGGGAAAGGGCCAUUUAUGCAUGAAGACAGAGGCAAGGGACCAGGAAACAGAGGAAGGGGGCAGGGCAGGAUGGAUGAUGGCCGGGGCAGGGGGCAGGGGGAUGGCCGUGGCUGGGGAAUGGGCCGUGCCAGGGGCAUGGGCAGGAUGGACGGACGAGGAAUGGGCAGGAUGGACGGUGGCCGGGGAAUGGGCAGGAUGGACGGUGGCUGGGGAAUGGGCAGGAUGGAUGAUGGCCACGGCCGAGGAAUGGGCAGGAUGGACGAGGGCCGUGGCAGAGGAUACGUGUACAGGGGCAGGGGGCAGGCUAGGCAGGCAUCUAUCCGUGGCAGGGGGAUGUUCAGGAGAGCGGGCAGCAGGGAGAGGAUGGCAGACAGGCGGUCGGGCAGCAGGGAGAGGAUGCCCGACGGGCGGUCUGGCAGCCGGGAGAGGACGCUGGGUGGCCGGUCAGACAGCAGGGAGAGGGUGAUGUCUAGCCGAGACAGGGAGCUCGCCGGGCGGACAGGCAGCCGGGACAGGGCACAGCGGGCAGGCAGCAGGGAGAGGGGACCUGUCAGGCGGGCGGGCAGCAGGGAAAGGGAGCCCAUGAGGCGGGCGGGCAGCAGGGAGAGGGAGCCCAUGCGGCGGGCAGGGAGUAGGGAGAGGGUCCCUGUGAGGCGGGCGGGCAGCAGGGAGAGGGUCCCUGUCAGGAGGGCAGGUAGCCGGGAGAGGGGUCCUGUCCGGAGGGCAGGUAGCCACGAGAGGGGACAUGUCAGGAGGCCGGAUAGUCGGGAGAGGGAAGCAGGGAGGUCUGACACGGGCAGUAUAGAUAAACCAAUUCACCUAGGAGAUGAUCCUGACAAAUUGCCUCCGUACCAUCGAGAUGAUGCACUCAGGGGUUCUUGGAGUCAUGAAGACGAGGGAAUGCAGGAGGAGUUUCCUUUAGAUAGUAGGGAUGACCUUCCUCUGGAGCAUGAGCGGUUGGAUGACUGGGAAAGAGAACGAUACUGGGGAGAUCACAACUCUGAUUAUCAAGAUGAUUCUGUAGAUCCAUAUGAUAGAGAUGACAGGUUGCAAUCUCACCAUUCAUUGCCUCCGUUAUCUCCCCUACCACCACUACCUCCUUUAUCAUCUGAUCACGACAGACGAGAUUCAUGGUGGGAUGACUGGAAAAGGCCAAGGGAGAGGGAACUAGAGAGAGAUCUAGAUAGGACGGGAAGAUCCACAGAUAUUUAUGAUCAAGAUGUGGACAGAGAAUGGGAUAAUAGAGACUGGGACAUGAGACCUAUGGAUGAUAGAGAAAUGGGGAAUCGUGACCUAGAUAUCCCCCCUCUCCCACCAUUACCACCCCUCCCACCUCUGGAUAGAUACCGCGAAGAUAGGUGGAGGGACGAUAGGAACAGAGAUCACUAUGACAGAGACCUCCGAGACAGGGGGGAGCUGAGGAUUCGAGAGUAUCCAGAGAGAUAUGACACGUGGCGGGAGAAGCAGGACUACCUUCCUGAAAGGACUGACUGGGAGAGGGAACGCUUGACGGAUAGGUGGUAUCCAGAUGAUGGAGACAGACUGCGACCUAUGGGUGAUCAGCUGGAUUCAUCCCUUCUUCCACCUUCACAUUCCUCUGAUAUGCUGGGAGCAGAUUCAAACCUGGACUCGGAACAGUCCUUGGGGGGAGUGAUGGUCCUUAGCCAAAGACAGCAUGAGAUAAUUCUGAAAGCUGCCCAGGAGCUCAAAAUGCUUCGAGAGCAAAAAGAACAGAUGCAAAAGUUGAAAGAGUUUAAAUCCGACAUUUCCGCACAGGACUCUCCAAGAUCACAGAACACCAGCACGAGGCCAGGAGGUGCCUUUCAGGAACGCUGGGAUGAGGAUUCUUUCCACGGACUCUGGGACACAAAUGAGGAUAAAGGAGCAAAUAUGGAGUACGAAUUAUGUAAACAGGAGUCAAUGAUGCCUCCACCAGUAUCCUCGCCAGUGAAAGUACCUGCUGUUCACACCUCUGUUCCGUCAGCUGUACCAGUGUCACUUCCUCCAGUUAUUCCACCCGUUCCUAAAGCACCUAUAAUUCAGCAAACUGUGGAUUAUGGCCACGGGCGAGAUAUAACCACCAGUAAAGUGGAACAGAUUCCAUAUGGGGAGAGGGUAACUCUGCGUCCAGAACCUUUGCCGGAGAGACAAACAUUUCAAAAAGAGCACCCUGGUCGUUACAACAGAGAAAGAGAUCGUGAACCCUAUUUUGAGCGUCAAGGUAAUUCAAAUGCAGAUCACCGGGAUUUCAAGAGAGAGCGGGAAUUGCACAGAGACCGUGGUUCUGUGGACUAUGAACGAGAGAGAUUUGAGAAAGAGCGUCAUCCCCGAGAUGAUAGGGUUAUUCCUACUGCACCUUCAAGGACUCAGUCUUACCGUGACAAGAAAGAGCAUCCAUCCUCCAGGCGGGGUGGCUUUGAAAGACCACCGUAUGAACGAAAGACAGAUCGUCCAGCAUAUGAUCAUGGGCCUUCCAUGUUUGGAGGUGAUCGUAGAAAUUACCCUGAGGAAAGGAUUCCUAUUUCUGCUCCAUCGAUGCCUCGUCAGCCACCACCUGCUCCACGAGUGGAAAGAAAGCCAGAAUCUAAAAAUGUAGAUGAUAUUUUGAAGCCACCAGGACGGGAUAGCAGGCCAGAGAGGAUUGUAAUCAUAAUGAGAGGGUUGCCUGGCAGUGGAAAGACGCAUGUAGCAAAACUCAUCAGGGAUAAGGAAGUAGAGUGUGGAGGACCUGCACCAAGAGUGCUCAGCCUGGAUGACUAUUUCAUCACUGAAGUAGAAAAGGAAGAGAGAGACCCAGAUACAGGGAAAAAAGUAAAAAAGAAGGUGAUGGAAUAUGAAUAUGAAGCUGAUAUGGAAGAGACCUAUCGCACCAGCAUGUUUAAAACUUUCAAAAAGACGUUGGAUGAUGGCUUCUUUCCUUUCAUUAUCCUUGAUGCUAUCAAUGAUAGAGUGCGACAUUUUGAGCAGUUUUGGAGUGCAGCGAAAACCAAGGGUUUUGAGGUGUACUUAGCAGAAAUGAGCGCAGAUAACCAGACGUGUUCCAAGAGGAAUAUACAUGGGCGCAAGCUAAAGGAAAUCAGCAGGAUGUCUGAUCACUGGGAGGCAGCGCCACGUCACAUGAUGCGCCUGGACAUUCGUUCUCUAUUGCAAGAUGCUGCUAUCGAAGAGGUGGAGAUGGAGGAUUUUGAUGCAAAUAUUGAAGACCAGAAAGAAGAAGCCAAGAAGGAUGCAGCAGAGGAAGAAGAAAGUGAACUGGGUUACAUUCCGAAAAGCAAAUGGGAGAUGGACACUUCUGAGGCAAAGCUAGACAAGCUGGAUGGUUUGCGGACUGGCACUAAAAGGAAACGUGACUGGGAAGCCAUUGCCAGCAGAAUGGAAGAUUAUCUACAGCUUCCAGAUGACUAUGACACUCGUGCUUCUGAACCUGGAAAGAAGAGGGUGCGGUGGGCAGAUCUAGAAGAAAAAAAAGAUGCAGACAGGAAAAGGGCCAUUGGUUUUGUUGUUGGACAAACAGAUUGGGAGAAGAUAACAGAUGAAAGUGGUCAUCUUGCUGAGAGAGCCCUCAACCGUACCAAGUAUAUAUGAAAAAGUGGUUAAUGGGAAUUUUGUGCCUUUAAGGCCAUUUGCUCUGAGGAGAUGUGAACCAAGGUGUCAUGAGCAUCUUGCAUGGGUCAUGUCACUCCCACCUUCACAGUUUUUCUUUUAUUUUAGUUUCAGCAAUUUUUUUUGAGAUAUUGGCAAAUAACCAGUGCCCUCAAAAAAAGAAAAAAAAUCCUGCUGCUCCUAAGUGAGAGAGACAGUUUACUUUUUAAUAUUUUUGGAGGGGGGGGGGGGAAGGGGAGGGCCAGUAGUUUUAGCUGCUGUUUGUGGGAUAAAGUGGAAGGAUUAGACAGAUGUUACCUCCACUGUACUGUCACAGAAUGUUUAUCACCUUUGCUUUGUGGCCGUUCUCGUUUUAUACUGUAUGUACCUUGUAGCUUAUUGUAUUAGGAAGCAGAACAAUAAAUUUCACUAUAAACUCUG